CAAGCAGUCAAAAGUGUGACCCGCUCUGGGGUUGGCAAUGCCAUGGAGAUCCAAAUUGACGCGUCUUCAGGUUCUGAGUGAAUGGCAAACAUCGCGCAGAAGAAGGCCAAGAUGCAAGGAUUUGAAGAAAAGAGCAGCUGCAGCCGACACAGGAGAGACCGAGCAGAUCGAUGACAUCACUAGGAUGGAUGAGGAAAAUGAUCCAAGGCCUGAAACGCAGGAACCGCGGCCCCCUGCUCGGCCUUGCCCUCGCUCACCGCUGCUAAAAGCCAUGGAUGCUCCAAGGUUCUCAAUCAAGUCUCGCUCAAGCAAGCGACAACUGCUGAUGCAGUUGGCAUUGCUGCCGCCGACGGGAGCGAGAGCGAAGGUAAAGCCUACUCCACCUGGAGGUCCGCCUCCCAAGGCUGCCGCAAAAGCACCGACAAAGACUCGCGAUGCUUCAUCUGAGAUCCAGCGCAUCCUUGGAGCAGCGUCUGCAGAGGAGAAGUUGCAAAUUUCCGGGGAAGCAACGGAAGAGGCUAUCUUAAAAGUUUGGAAGAAGCUGGUGCUGUUGCUUCAUCCGGAUAAGCUACAAUCCUUAGAUGAUGACACUAAAGCUAAAGGUGCAGAAGCUCUGCACGAGGUGCACGCUGCAAAAGAGGAACUGCGGCAGCGAGCGCAACAAGCUUGUGCACAGGUGCCAGUUCCUCCCACAAGAGGCAGCGCGCCGCGAUGCUUGAACGCCACACCUGGAGCAAGAAAGUACGAGAUUAGUUGGAUGCUGCCAGAAGUUCAGGAUCCCAAAGCUCCUAUUGAGAAAUAUGAGGUUUGGGGUCCACGCUAUUGCUCAGAGCCAGGCGAGACAUUCGACUGGGUCCUUUUGGCUACGUUGCCGCCAUUGCAGUCUCAGUUCAUCAUCGUAGAGGAAGCUCCAACUCAGCAGGAUGUGAUGUGGGCGGCUGACCGCGUGCUCCGUCCGACUAUGUCGCUGGCCGUCUACGCGGUCAACGGGAAGGGGCCCUCUGAGGCCUUGAGCUUGGAGCUGCCAUGGACCUCCGCUUUCCCGUGGCUGCGAGGCGUCGGGUCUUUGCUAUGUGGCAAGUGCUUCAAGCUGACGCCAAGAGGGGCUCGUCAAGCUUGGACAGCGUGCGCUGGGUGUGGAGUAGGCUUGGCUGCUGAGCUCGCCAUUGCGCGCGGCCUAGGUCGUGCGCUGUACUGGCUGUGGCGGCGAGGUACUGUGGCAACACAAUGCUCUCAGCUGCACAAGCUGCAGGAAGUCAUUUGGCCACAACAUGCCUUCAAGGCGAAGUCACGGUCAGGAUGGUCAUGACAGGUAUCAUGGAGCCAGAGCCUGGUAGCCUUCGUCUGAAAAUGCAUGUACUUUAGAUUCAUUCCAAACAUUUUCAAUCAUAUAGAAACCCGGUGAAACUCUUCUUGCUAGCCAGAAGAAGGUGCAAAGGCGAGUGAUACACGGACAAUAUACAUAUUUAUGGUGUGAGCUCGCUCUCUCUGUGAGGGCAACAGACUCAGGUGGCCAAUGCAAAGCAUAUAGGUGCCGCCACAGCAUUGCG